GUCCAUCCGGUGUAGUGUGUUAUGGUGGUCUGGAGAACUAGGGUUUUGUGAUUUUCCUCUGUUAUAUCGAUCCAUUUUCUAUUUUGAGCUAUUCAUCUAUUUAUCGUCAGAGUAUAUAGUAAUUCCAAUGGUGGAUAGGAAGGUGUACAAAACGAAGCUAUGUGUACUUCAUCAGAGAGGUCGUUGUCAUCGACAGACUUGUUCUUUCGCUCAUGGCAAUGCUGAACUCCGUCGCGUCUCCAAUUUCGGUCCCGAAAGGAAUUUGCUGGUUGCUUUAUCUUUGUGCUGCUUAUGGUAUUUUUCUCAGCAUCUUGGUUUAUCAUAUUGCAUCUUGAAGCAGCAGCGCAUGAGGGAUCAGAAUAUGUUUCUCUGGACAUAGUGUCUUCCAUAUAUAUAUUUACUUAUCCGCCAGCUUGAUGAACCAUACCAAUGCUGUGUCCUAGUAAUUUCUUCACUCAUAUAUUCCUCGAGAAUAUGGUGUUCCCUUCUCGUGACUUCUGUUUGAAUGAAUCUGCGAAGGAACCUGUUGGAUGGUAUUUUGGUCCAAGAAGGCCCAUCUAUUAUCCUAUAUUUGUCAUGCGGUUUGGAUCAUACAUAUCCUUUUGAUAUGGCUGCUAGCAGAAAUAUUUGCCGUACCAAUUUUUUUUACUGAGCAAGAUGCAAGGAUAUGUCUAAUACCUGUUCUGUUGGUUCUAUGAUAUUUGAAGCUCUCCUGGGUAAACGCUCAAAAAACUGGUAUUCUAUUUCUGUUUAUUGUAUGAGAGCAGUAGUUUCUAUGGCUCCUUUUGGAACUCACAGGAAGGCAGUAUAAAUAUUCGCUGUUAUGUUUCUCUUGUAGUUCUGAUGUAUGGAAAGGCGAGAUUUUCGUGGUCGUGACCUGAGAGAGAAGCUUGAUAGAAGGCAUUCUCCAGUGGGCAGAUACUCCUCGGAUAGACGGCAUUCUCCAGUGGGCAGAUACUCCUCUGAUAGACGGCAUUCUCCAGUGGGAAGAUACUCCUCUGAUAGAGAUGCGCGAGAGAGACAUGCAUCCCGUGCGCACAGUUCUACUGAUUCUGCUGGGAGGAAAAAAAUGGCAUACUCCAGUGAUAGAAGCCGCAGGAUGAAACAUCAUUCGGAUGGUCAAAGUGACAUCUCUGGAAGUUUGAACAUGUCAGAUGGGUCAGGAGAUCAUGUGAAGGAGAAAAAACAUUUAUCUUCCAAUUCCAAAGAUGUCCUUAAGCUUAGGCAGCUGCAAUCCGAAAUCAAUUUGUUGGAUGAGCAAAAACGAGAAUUGGAGAUCUACCUUGAAGAGACAACUUGUCAGGCAGAAAGUCUAUCUUCAAAGAUUCAGGACCUUGAGAUGGAGCUUUUCAAGGAAAAGGAUGAAUGUAAAAGGAUUACUUCGAAGAUGAAGAAGUUCAUUGAAGCAUAUAAUAAUCACUCACGGUUAGAAGGUGAACUAAAGAGGUCAGAAGCUCAGCUUCAAAAGCUCGCUAAUAAACUCAGCUCAGAUUUCGUCAGAACCGGUGCAAGUGGAGAGGAUUCUGCCAUCAAUAUUAUUGAUGGGGGGAUGGCUGGUAAUCAUUUUAGCUCGUUGAAUGAGCAGCAGAAGGAUACUUCACCUACCAAGAAAAGGCCAAGAAUUUAUCGUGAAGCUGAUGAAACCUCAAACCAAGCUUCAACAAAAGGAAAAGGAAAUGCUUCACAGAGGAUUGCUUAUCCUUUUCAGCUGAAUAAUGAGAAGAAAGACGAGGCAGAGUUCAAUUCUGAGAAUGCUUAUAAGACCUUAGUGGGUGAAGAGAAGAUUAAGAAGGGAAUAAACUUUUCCAGUGACAUGUCUCUCACAAACAAGCCCAAAGCUUCUGAUAUUGCCGUUGUGUUGCCAUCAACAAGCAUGGCUGCUCAUGCAGCCGAUGAAGAUGUCGAAGUUGUUGACAUGGAAGACAAACUUGAAGUAGCUGGGAAGGGAACUCCUUCUGGUAUCCCGGAGUACCCUUUUCUUCCACCACCUCCUCCUCUCCCUCCAGGUGCUUGUUUACAGUAUAGCCGCGAUGAUGCAUAUGGAGUUGAUGAAGAGAUGUUGGAGGUAGAUGUUGUUUAGCAUAGUGAUCAAUAUGUUGCCAUUAUAAGAGGACUAGAACGCAGCUGUUGCAUAUGUAGGGGAAGAAUAGAGCUACACAUACAAGUUUUAUGGAUACUAAAUUAAGGUUUUAUGGAUACUAAAUUAAGGAUUAUGCUUUUGAAUGAGUACCAGAUUUCUUUUUGUAUAGCAAGGUUGAUAAUUCGAGACCAGUGGUUUUGUUUGA